GAAGAGCGCCUCUCUUCUGCUCUCCUCUCCGGCUGAAAUGAAUCAGCUGACGAAUGGUAUCUCCCUCCUCUCCCGGACAGAUCGCACCGCUGAAGCCGGGCAGCCUGAGCGCUUACACAGGAGCAGGUUGCCCAGCGCUCGCCGACCUAGCCUCAAGUAACAGAUUUUCGAUACCCAAAAUAGAGGUUACUUUAUUUCAUUUUUCACCUCGGGCAGGAAGCUACCCGCUUCCCCUCACCAUGGCUUCCAACUUCAACGACAUAGUCAAACAGGGAUACGUGAGGAUACGGAGCAAAAAACUGGGGAUAUUCCGGAGGUGCUGGCUGGUGUUCAAGAAAGCCUCCAGUAAAGGACCCCGCCGGUUAGAGAAGUACCCAGACGAGAAGGCAGCCUACUUCAGGAGCUUCCACAAGAUCACUGAGCUCCACAACAUCAAGAACAUUACCCGGAUGCCGCGGGAGACAAAAAAGCAUGCUGUGGCGAUUAUCUUCUGUGAUGACACAUCCAAGACAUUUUCCUGUGACUCAGAGCUGGAUGCAGAGGAAUGGUAUAAACUGCUGUGCAUGGAGUGCCUGGGCUGCCGUCUCAACGACAUCAGCCUGGGAGAGCCAGACCUGUUAGCAGCGGGGGUGCAGCGGGAGCAGAACGAACGUUUCAAUGUGUACCUAAUGCCCACCCCUAACCUGGACAUCUACGGGGAGUGCACCAUGCAGAUCACCCAUGAAAACAUCUACCUGUGGGACAUUCACAACGCUCGCCUCAAACUGGUCAUGUGGCCUCUCAGCUCCUUGCGCAGAUACGGUCGAGACUCCACCUGGUUUACUUUUGAGUCCGGAAGGAUGUGUGACACAGGAGAGGGUUUGUUCACGUUCCAGACGCGGGAGGGGGAGAUGAUCUACCAGCGGGUCCACUCAGCAACGCUGGCCAUUGCCCAGCAGCAUGAGAGGAUGAUGGAGGACAUGGAGAAGAGCUCUCAGAUCCACUCCAGAGACACGCUAACCAAGUCCAUCUCCCUGCCACGCAGCGCCUACUGGCAGCACAUCACACGUCAGAACAGCGUGGGAGAUCUCUACAGUUACCAAGGAACCGGCCUGACAAUGACUUUUAUCCCCCGAGCACAGACGUUUCCCAGCUUUCUGUCUGAUGAGCCAGAACAGGACAAGAGCCAGCACCAGGAAGAGGCACCAUCACCCUCUGGUGGCUGUGAGUCCAGUUGCAGCCUGAGACCCCGUCAAUGACGGAGAAUUGCUUGACCAAGACUGGACACUUUACCCACUACCGUAGAGAGGAUGUAGAAAUAUGUAUAGUGACAUGUGUAAUAUAUCAUUUCCUGGUGAUACUUUAACACUAGUGUCAACUGUAGAGCAAGUAGUACAUGAAGAGUUCCUAAAAAGGAUGUUUUUUUUGUAUGUUGAGUGACAGCAGCAGUAGCUACAAAGAUUGCACCAAAAAUCCUUUAAGCGUAGCUUUAAAGUGUUUCAUGUUGUUGUUAUAAUGUUAAAGCCAGCACUACCC